AUGUCGGCAGGGUCCUCUCGGACUCGGCAAGCGGCAUCCGCCACUGGUGGAGUUCGCCGCAUGCGUUGGACAAGGGAUAUGAACGCAAACGCAUUGCGGGCGUACUAUAGGGCGAAAGGGGAAGAAACUUCGGGGAUAGCGGUUCGGGCUCGGAUGCAUUGCUUUUUUGCUGAGCUGGAGCCGUCUAUUUCCGUCACGGAACAAAACCAGGCAGACCGAGUUCGGUACAUCAUGCGCUCGAAAAUAUUCGAUGAUGUCGAGCUCAAACGACUACGACGUGAGGCCAUUCCCUCAUCGAAUGAAUUGGCUACGGCUGGGGAUGAGGCUCCUCAGGCGACAGACCAGCUGCCACGCGUAGAAGCCGCCAUGGAUCUUCCAGUUGCGGGUGAUUCAGACGAUGAUGAAAUGGUCUUCCACGAACUAGAGCAAAUGAGGAGUAUAUUGGAAGAGGCGAUUUUGGAAACGCGCAGCAUGCCUCUCGAAAAUCGACCGCGAAUCGGGAUGUCGUGA